UGUAGCUUAGUGUCCGUAGUGAUUUUCAAGCUUCGUUCGCAUUAACGUAGCAUCCGUGAUGGCAGAGACAAAUCACGUCUCCGAGGUCCUAUAAUAUGCUCCCUGUUGAGGGGAUAAGGGUACCACUGGACCAGUCUCAAAAUGACCACCGGCUUCAGCUCCGGUUCCUGCCGGUUCGCAGAUUAUUUGUGAUCUGCGGACUCGACACCGAAAGCGGGCUGGAACCCGACGAACUGUCCGCUUUAUGCCAGUAUAUAGAAGCUACUAAAUUCAGAGAUGGGGCCAGAGGAAAAUUGGCGGGGGCAAAUGAAGGUGAGAAUUUUGAGCAGAGUCCACUGCGGAGAACCUUUAAAUCCAAAGUUCUAGCACAUUAUCCAGACAAUGUGGAGUGGAAUCCAUUUGACCAGGAUGCAGUCGGAAUGCUCUGUAUGCCAAAGGGUCUGUCCUUCAGGACGCAGGUGGACUCUCGGGAGCCUCAGUUCCACUCGUUCAUCAUCACCAGAGAGGACGGCUCUCGAACCUACGGCUUUGCCCUCACCUUCUUCGAGGAGGUGACCAGUAAACAGAUCUGCAGUGCCAUGCAGACUCUUUACCACAUGCACAACGCAGAGCAGUAUGACAUCCUGCACACUCCCACCUCCCCGCAAGGACUUGAAGAGCAGCGUCACCACCACACCCAGCCCCGGCCGGUACUCCACGCUGCACCCGCCAUCUCCAGGCUGCAGCGCUUCAACUCGUACGACAUCAGCCGCGACACCCUUUACGUGUCCAAGUGCAUCUGCCUGAUCACACCCAUGGCCUUCGCCCAGGCCUGCAGGAAGGUGCUGCAGCAGCUUCACCAGGCAGUUUCAUCCCCCCAGCCCCCACCCCUUCCGCUGGAGAGCUACAUCUACAACAUCCUCUAUGAGGUGCCCCUGCCUCCAUCCGGGCGUUCCCUCAAGUUCUCAGGCGUCUACGGGCCUAUAGUGUGUCAGCGACCGAGCACGUCUGAGCUGCCACUCUUUGACUUUGCCAUCAGUGAAAUGUUUAACCUCCUGGGGGUGGAGAACGUUCUCCAACUGUUCACCUGUGCCCUGCUUGAGAUGCAGAUCCUGCUUUACUCCCAACAUUACCAGAGGCUGAUGACGGUGGCGGAGAGCAUCAGCCUUAUGUUCCCCUUCCAGUGGCAGCAUGUGUACGUUCCCAUCCUGCCCGCCUCCCUCCUCCACUUUCUGGAUGCACCUGUGCCGUAUCUCAUGGGCCUGCACUCCAAUGGACAAGAUGAUCGGACCAAAUUAGAGCUCCCUCAGGAGGCUAACCUGUGUUUUGUGGACAUUGAUAACCACUUCAUUGAACUGCCUGAGGAGCUGCCUCAGUUUCCAAAUAAACUAGAGUUCAUCCAGGAAAUCUCAGAAGUACUCAUGUCCUUUGGAGUGUCUCCAGAAGGAAACCUUCACUCCAGCGACAGCCAGGCAAAGUACCGAGGCUUCCGAUCUGUUGAUAUGGUCUCAGACAAGCGCAACGGCAACCUGGCCUCGCCCCUCAACUCCUACCUGCUGAGGGAGAAUGAAACUAUUGCCAGACCUCCAGGCUCUGGUAAGAGGACAGGUGUCAGCCUGGAGAAGCUGGAGGUGAGAGAGGAUGCCAGCAGCAAUAAAGACCCACGGGUUCAGUGCGAUGAGGAGGAGCUAAAGAUGCAUCAGCUCAACAUCCAUGUGCGCGAGGUCUUUGCAAACCGCUUCACCCAGAUGUUUGCAGAUUAUGAGGUGUUUGUCAUCCAGCCAAGCCAGGACAAGGAGUCCUGGUUCACAAAUCGAGACCAAAUGCAGAACUUUGACAAGGCCUCCUUCCUGUCUGACCAACCGGAGCCCUAUCUGCCCUUCUUGUCCCGUUUCCUCGAGACACAGAUGUUUGCCUCUUUCAUCGAUGGUAAAAUUCUCUGCCAUGACGAUGAAGAGAAGGAGCACACGCUCAGGGUGUUUGAUGCCCGUGUGGAUAAGAUCCGCAUGUUGAACGUUCGCACACCCACUCUACGCACCUCUAUGUACCAGAAAUGUACCAAUAUUGAAGAAUCAGAUGACCUGCUUAAAAAGAGAUAUGAAAAAGCUGAUUUUCUUGCUCCUGGACCUCAUGUCAUUGGGCUCGAGAGAAAGACCGAACCUCAGAAAUCCAUUGAGAUGAGAGUCCAGAAGAUCGACCACACUGCCCUUCACCCACACCUGUUAGACAUGAAGAUUGGACAAGGACGCUACGAGCAGGGCUUCUUCCCUCGACUGCAGUCUGAUGUGCUCUCCACGGGACCGACCAGCAACAAAUGGACAAAGAGGAGUGCUCCUGCCCAGUGGAGGAGAAGGGAUCGGCAGAAACAGCACGCUGAGCACCUUUAUUUAGACAAUGACCAGAGGGAGCAUGUAGAGUGUUUGUUUCCGGAGCUGCAGCUCCUGCUGUUUCUUGACUACUACUGGCUCUCGCAGUCCUUCAAGCCCUGUCUAAAGUCCGUGACUGUGGAUGUGAAAUACAUCCAAGAAGCCAGAAACCUGGGCACAACCAUCAGACAACCCAAACUGUCCAACCUGUCACCUUCUGUAAUCGCUCAGACUAACUGGAAAUUUGUUGAAGGAUUACUGAAGGAGUGCAGGAACAAGACUAAGCGUAUGCUAGUAGAGAAAAUGGGUCGGGAGGCGGUGGAGUUGGGUCACGGAGAGGUCAGCAUCACCGGUGUGGAGGAGAACACCUUGAUUGCCAGUCUCUGUGAUCUACUGGAGAGGAUCUGGAGUCAUGGUCUGCAGAUUAAACAGGGUAAGUCUGCCUUGUGGUCCCACCUGCUACACUAUCAGGAGAGCAAAGAGAAGAAGAAUGCCACUCCAGCUGGUUUGGGACCUCCAGGUUUUAUUCAUGACACAGAGAGGCGUAAAUCUGACGGCGGUGGAUCGGCCAUGCCUCCUCUUAAGAUAUCUCUGAUCCAGGAUAUGAGACACAUUCAAAACAUUGGUGAAAUCAAGACAGAUGUGGGAAAGGCCAGGGCAUGGGUUCGACUCUCCAUGGAGAAGAAGCUACUAUCCCGACACCUAAAGCAGCUGCUCUCUGAUCAUGAGCUUACCAAAAAACUUUAUAAGCGCUAUGCCUUCCUGCGCUGCGAUGAUGAGAAAGAGCAGUUUCUCUACCACCUCCUCUCCUUUAACGCUGUGGACUACUUCUGUUUCACCAAUGUGUUCACCACCAUCAUGAUCCCAUACCAUGUGGUGGUAGUCCCCAGUAAGAAACUGGGCGGAUCCAUGUUCACAGCCAACCCCUGGGUGUGUGUUUCCGGUGAACUGGCUGAGACGGGGGUUCUGCAGGUCCCCCGAAAUACUCUGGAGAUCACUUUUGAGUGCCAGAACCUGGGCAAAUUGACCACUGUGCAGAUGGGUCAUGAUAACACGGGGCUCUACGCUAAGUGGCUUGUGGAGUGUGUUAUAGUCCGCAAUGAGAUCACAGGACACACAUAUAAGUUUCCAUGCGGCCGGUGGUUAGGGAAAGGUGUGGAUGAUGGCAGUCUGGAGAGGAUCCUUGUUGGAGAGCUGAUGACCCCCAGCACUGAGAAUGAUGAGAGGAUGUGUCGCACACCUCCCAUGCAGCAGUCCCCAGGAAUGAUGAGGCGCUUUGUCACCAUCUCACCAAACAGCAAACCAAAGUUAAACACGGGUCAGAUCCAGGAGGGAGUGGGAGAAGCCAUCAAUGGGAUUGUGAAGCACUUCCACAAGCCGGAAAAGGAGAGAGGCAGUCUGACCCUUCUCCUCUGUGGAGAAUAUGGCCUCGUCUGGGCUCUGGAGCAGGUUUUCCAACAUGGUUUCAAAUCACCCCGUCUCUUUAAAAAUGUCUUCAUCUGGGACUUCCUAGAAAAGUCUCAAGUGUACUUUGAGAGUGCAGAGCAGCGGGAGGUGACCCCAGAUGAAAACUGGCAGACCAGAGUGCGCCACUUCUGUCGUUUUAUGCGCGCCAUCAACAAUACAUCCAGAAACAUUGGCAAAGAUGGGAAGUUCCAGAUGCUUGUCUGUCUGGGUGCAAGGGACCAUUUGUUGCAUCACUGGAUUGCGCUGCUCGCAGACUGUCCAAUCACAACUCAAAUGUACGAGGACAUUGCACUGAUUAAGGACCGGUCAUUGGUAAACUCUCUGAUCAGAGUUCUACAGACUUUGCAAGAGUUCAACAUCACCCUGGAGGCUUCACUUGUCAAAGGUGUUGGUAUUUAAACCAAAACCAACUUUCCACCAGUUGUACCUGACCAUGAAGAUCACUGGGGACCACUAUAAAGAUAAAAUGAACCUUUUUUAUGCAGGAACAGACUUGAACAAAGGACAUUUUCUGGCUUAUAUUAAAGCUACUGUUACAUUUGCCAUAUAUUAAGUGCAAUGAGCCUUUCAAGAUAUGUUGAUAUUUUUAUCCUGAAUGAUGUUGCCAUUAGAUGUUAUAAUAUGUUUUCUAUUAUGAACCAUGAUUUUCACAUUACUGAUGAUGACCUACUUGUGCUAUAAUGUUUUAUUGAAAGCUAAAUAUUUUCAUUGUUAUUGUGAACUGCUGACAAUGGCUAUAUUUAAGGGAAAGCGUGGAUCAAAACUGUUAAUAUAUUUUCAGAGAAAAACAGUAUUAUUUUGUUAAAUCAGUCAAGUUGCUUGCUCUGUUGUCAACUCAGAUUCCAAUGUCAUAUUGCAGAGCUUAAAGCAAAUGAUGUAGAAGUAUGCUUUAUAAGUAUGUGUAUGACAGGGGGGUUUGUAGUGUAAAAGAGGAUUCAUCUACGAACAUAGGAAUAAAAAAGCUGUUACAUUAGGGCCUUUCCCUGAGAACUGUACCUGUAUGCAAAUCUUACACAUGGAAUACCUUCAGCAGUGAUAAGGAUCUUUGAUGCAUGAUUAUGAGACUUUGUGGUUUAAGCCUGUAUCCAGUGAUGAACAGUACAUUCAGUUGGAUAAAGGGAAGUUCCCCAAGUCACAGAUUUGUGUUCCAGACACAAGUCCUCUCAAAGACGCCUGACCCAGCUUUUUGUGCAAAGUGGAUCACAUCGACAGCCUUCAUGUAAAUACCUCCAACCAGCCAUUUCCCUUAUCCCACCCUGAGCCCUUACACUACAUCCCUGAAAAAUACUGUCUUUGCAGACUCAUUGUGAAAAACUAGGAUGAUUUCCUGCUUUUCUUGUGAGAAGCAAAGACUGCUCUUUCCCCUUCCUGAUUUUGUCAUCAUCGUUUCUUGCUAUGCAAUAUCAACAAAACAAAAUUUAACCCAUGACAAACUGUAUACCGGGGCUCUUGAGGUAUUAUGGGCCCUCCUCUGUUACAUUGAACUUUAAUGUGCAGAACAAGAGAUUCGGUAUGUGAAGGACUUCUUUUCUGUGCCAAUGUUUGGAAUGACUGUGUUGUACUCAUCUGUGUACGAUCCACACAUGAGCAUCUUGGAAGAUAUCUAUUUUUGUUUUCCAAUACUGUUGUACAUUUAUUGACAUAGCUGUGUAAUGUAGUGUUUACUAAGUGUACAGUGUAAAAAUAUAAUAAGAAUAAAGCAUCUGUAAUGUAUAAAAGUGGAA